UUUCAUGGUAGGAAUAACCAUUGAUGUUCGAUACUUUUAAACUUGAAUGGCUCCCCUCCCCCCCCCCAAUAUUAUGAGUUUUUCAACUUGAAUGGUCUCCGGGAGUAGGGGCGUAAGGUAUAUAUGUAUACAAUAGAGUUAGAUCGCUGGCAGUUCUAUGGUCCUCAUGAUUCUUUUAGAAUAGCAGACAUUCCUUCUUUAUAUAUACCUGUCGAAUUAUUCUUUCUUUCUUUUACUUCACACUCACGCUCGCUCAUAUCAGCAUUAACACACCUUUACAACUUUGAAAGCUUUUCGAGAAAGCCGAUUCCCUCUUCUCCUUCUUCACUAUCAUUUUCACUUUUUUUUUUACAUACCCAUAUUUACUUUUACUGGGGCAUAAUAAUGCAUUUCAACUUUGCCACCACUGCAGUUGUGCUGCUGGCGCUCCAUGCCGGGAACGUUGUUUCUCACACUUGGGUAAGCGGGCUCGUCGAAAAUCUAUAUAUAUCUAUAUGUGUGAGAGACUAUUUCAGAGCGCUAACAUUCACCCCACAGAUUGAGGUCCUAGAGGCCGUCGGCCCAGGAACAAAGGGAUACAUGAGAAGCUGGAGUGAGCCCUUCCCCUCCCCCUCUGCUCCCACAACAUGAAAUAAGCGAAAUCCAAACUAACAACCUGCCAGUUGGCAAGGACGCCAACCUGGAUACUCGUAUGACUUACCGUAUCGAAGGCCCGGACUGGGAAAGCAAGCCCAUCUGCAAGGACACCCAACAAGUGCGUGCCAACCAGCCUGGCUUCCCCCGCCUCAGGGCCAGCCGAAAGCAAACGGUGGCAGGCUACUACCUCGAAAACGGACACGUCUCCCUCCCCCCCUCGGCGACAGCUUUCAAUGGCUACACCUACUGGUUCGGAACCUCCGACCCAGACCCGAAACUCCCGCUGAGAGAGGUGAGGGCUUGGACCGUGGACGGCCAGGGAGGGAACAAGAAGGGCAGGCUCCUCGCGGCGGGGCCGUACGAUGACGGAGUGUGCACGCAACCCAACCAAUCACCCAUAUCCCAACAACGUGGGGUCGGGAAAGAGGGGGUCGAGAAGCCGUGCAGAUCGGAGUUUGUGAUUCCAGAGAAUCUGAAGGUUGGGGACGUUUAUACCGUUUACUGGGUCUGGGAUUUCUCGUGGCAUUUUGGACGGGAUAAGCCUAGAGUUGAGGAGGUAUGUAUAUCUUUUACGCUUUUCCCACUUCACUUCCCUGGGGGAAUAAUAGCCAAUUAUUUGCUAAUGGGGAAUGCUUUUAGUGGUAUACCUCCUGCAUGGAUAUCGAGAUUAUCUAGAUGGGUCAAACAUUUGGAAUGAUCCUGUGAUCAAUAAUAUUCUUUAGAUACGGCCUCGCGACUUUUUUAUGGAUUGGUUACCAUCAUACAUGAGAUUCAUUGACCUGAGCAUAGUUUGUUGGGACAUUCUUGUACUUUUUUUUCUUUCCCUUCUCUUAUCCCCUACCUCGGAGUAUCGGGCAUUUACUAGUUAAUUAGCUCCAAUCCUUUUUUCAAAAUAACAUGAAAAACAAAGCAAACGAUGAUUAGUUUGUACUAGAAAGAGGCCUAGAUUUCUCCGGGUACACAAAUU